UGGUGGCGCCGUGAGGAAGACAGAAAACAAAUUAGCCUCUCUCCUCGUGGUAUCUAUAUUGUGUGUUGUGUUGGCCUCCCCACUCACCACACAGGCUUCUAAUACUAACAUUACUUGCCCCACUGUGAGCCAAGCCUGGAGUAGUAUCUUCCAAAAAAGAUCAUGAGCAUGAAGAAGAAGUAUAAGACUUUCAGCAAACGUGGCCCAAGGAAUGCAAAAGGAUCAAACUUCAAGUACAAGAAGAAGAAGAGUGAGAUAGAGAAGGAAGAGAUUUCACUGCUGGAGUCUAGCAAAACAAAGCUUGAUGGCUUAAACCCAGAGGAAAUUGAAAGUUUUGGUGUCCUUCCACUAAGCAAGAAAACCCUAAAGGGCCUCCAAGAAGCUGGCUUCACUGUACCCACUAAAGUGCAGCGGCAGUCACUCAUUUUUUCACUCCGGGGGCAGGAUGUGGUGGUAGCCGCAAAGACCGGCUCAGGGAAGACUCUGGCUUUCAUCAUACCCCUGCUUGAGUUGCUGUAUCACAAGAAGUGGACAGGUAUGGAUGGCCUUGGUGUGUUGGUCAUCACCCCAACCCGAGAACUUGCCUACCAGAUAUUUGAAGUGCUGAACAAGGUGGGCAAGGAACAUGACUUCUCAGCUGGCCUGGUAAUAGGUGGGAAGGAUCUAAAGUAUGAGUGGAACCGCAUUAGUUCCUGCAACAUAAUGAUCUGCACGCCAGGUCGUCUGUUGCAGCACAUGACGGAGAAUGCGGAAUUUGUCUCUGAUAAUGUCCAGAUGCUGGUUCUCGAUGAGGCAGACCAGUGCCUCUCAAUGGGCUUUGCAGACACCAUGAACUGCAUCCUGGAGGAGCUGCCUUCAGAACGGCAAACUCUCCUCUUCUCUGCCACACAGACCAGGGACGUCAAGGAUCUCAUCCGAGCUGGCUGCAACAAUCCAGUGUUUUGCUCAGUCCAUGAACACUCCAAGACCACCACUCCUAAGAGUCUGCAGGAAAGCUAUGUCCUAUGCAGCGCUCAGGACAAGUUCACCUUCCUGUGGUCAUUCAUCAGGCACCACCGCAGACAUAAAAUACUAGUAUUUCUGGCAACGUGCAAGCAGGUCCAGUACUACUUCCACAUGCUAUGCAAACUCCAGCCAGGCUUGUCAGUGAUGGGCCUCCAUGGCUCCAUGCAUCAGCUGCGCCGCAUGGCAGUCUAUGAUGAAUUCUGUCAUAAAAAACACGCUGUGCUCAUUGCCACAGAUGUUGCAGCACGGGGAUUAGACUUCCCUGCUGUGGAUUGGGUGGUUCAGUUGGAUUGCCCAGAGGAUGUCACCACCUACAUCCAUCGUGUGGGAAGGACUGCACGUUACUCCAGAAGUGGUGAGGCUAUCCUGCUCCUCACACCCUCAGAGGAGCCUGCCAUGCUGGACUGUCUGAAGGCCAAGAACAUUCCCAUUGAGAAGAUUGAUGUUGACCCAAACAAACUGCAGGGAGCCAAUGUGAAGAUGGAGAUUGUCCUCAGCAAGUACAACAACCUGAAGGAGGAGGCCGUGAGGGCCUUCAAGUCUUACUUGAAGCACAUGGCUCUCAUGCAGAACAAGAAGGUGUUUGAUGUGGCAUCCAUUGAUUUUGAUGCCUUAGCCAGGUCCCUGGGUUUGGUGGUGACACCAAGGUUAAGGUUCAUAGAAAAGCAGCUGAAGAAGAAGUCUGGCAGCAAAAUGACUAAAUCAGCAGCAGGAGGCAGCUCAACACAAAGCAAUUCAAACAUCUCCCUCACAUCAAGACUCACAACCUUGAACUUUGGUGCAGAUGACAGUGAUGAGGAUGGUGAUUUUCUCAGUACUGCAAAAGACCAGAAUAUUGGCCUCUCCUCUGAAGACUACCAAGACACAGAGGUGGUGGAGGAGCCUCAGAAAACCCAGACCAAGAAGAAACCCUUGACUAAAUAUGCUGUUGUCAAGAAACUCCUGAAGAAAAAUAUUCAGAUUAACCAAAGAGUUGUAUUUGAUGAAGAAGGAGAGGAAAUUUUGGAUCCCAGAAAACAACAGGUCUCCCAGGCAGCGCGUAAAGAACUUCAGGAGCAGCAAAGUGGUAUCAACAUUUCCAAACUCAAGCAGGUCAUGAGUGAAGAAGACAAAGUUGACAAAAAGAUCUAUGCCUCAAAACUGAAAGAGAAAAAUUGGGAAAAGAAGAGAAAAGAGAAAGAGAAGAACAAACUUAGGAAAGGUGGUAAUGAUGAUGAUGAUGAUGAUAAUGAAGCAGAAUUUGAAGAUGAUAGUGAGGAUGAUGAUGAUGUUGAUGACACCACUCAGGGUAUCAUUGAUGACUUGCCUGACCCAGAGAAGUACUAUGGUGGUGAUUUUGGAGAGGAGGAGGAAGAUGAUGAUGAUGAUGAUGAUGAUGAUGAUGAUAAAGAUGAAGUGCCACAGCCACAACCUAAGAAGAGUGUGAAGAGGCGAGCUAGAGAACAAGCAAGGGAGGCUAAGAGGGCAAGGCAAGCACAGAGCACUACUCUCAAGUCCUUACCUGUUGAUGAGCAAGAGCAGCUGGCCCUCUUCCUCCUCAGAAACAAGCAUUAAUAUCUGCUCUUCCAUCAGGAGAGGGGGAAAAAACAUGCCAGGUUAAGUCACAGAGAACUGAAUAUUAUAUUGUUUUAAUAAAUAACAAAACUGUUGACAAAA